CCGCCGCACGCGCACUAUAAAUAAUUAACCACACGGGGAAGCUAAGGCCAAAGACCAAAGGGCCAAUUGUUUGAGUGAGGAUUUUUAUCAAACAGAUGGCGAGCAUUAGAGUGGGGCGUUGGGAGUUGGUGGUGGCAAUGGUGGCGGUGAUGGCGGUGGCAGUAGGGNCGGAAUGUAAGGCGGAGAGAGAUAUGGCGGUGAAGGAGUGUCUGGCGGUGGUGUUCGGGAGGAAUCCGUCGCAGGCGUGCUGCGAGAGGGCGAGAGUGAGCCAUACACAGUGUAUUUGCCCGGCUGUUACGCCUAAGCUAAUGACGUAUGUGGAUCCUAAUCGCGCCAUUCGCCUUAUCGAAAGCUGCGGCCGUAAAGUCCCUCGCCAUUUCAAAUGUGGAAGUUUUACCACUCCAUGAAAGUUAUCAUUAAGAUUAUCCAAGCAAACCUCAAGAGAAAAGAGAAAUAUGAUAGAGAGAAAAUGAGUGAUGUGUGUAUGUUUUUUUUUCCCAUGUUUAAUAUUAAUUAAUAUGCACUACUUUUAAUUAUGACCUUACUUUUAAUAAUAAAUAAUGUUAGUUAAUCUUAAUGUAUUCAAGUUUUUCUUUUAUAUGAGUGAAGUUUUGAGGUUGGAAUAAAAA